AUGUCGAUUUUGGAAAAAGUGAACCUGACAACAGGUACCGGUUGGGGUUCUGGCCCUUGUGUUGGAAACACGGGCAGUGUUCCUCGUCUAGGUUCGUAUGACCAUGAGUUGAGCCACAGAAGCGGCUUUUUUUGCUACUUGUACUGA